AUGACACGUAAUAAUGAUAAGCUGGCAUUCUAUGUUGUUCAAUUCUUGGAAUUGCCUUAUGAAGGUAUUGAUGAUUACGUAUGCGUACCAUACACUUGGCUAAUUAUGCGUGGAGGACAGGAUGGAAAAGCUGUUGUUACCUACCCUACAGGUGAAGAUCCUUCCCUCACAAGAGAUCGCGUUAAAAGAAAGGAAAAAUGCAUUAAUGAGUGGAGUUUUUUUUUGGCUGCUGUCAAAUAUCAGUCAAAUAGUUACCAAAAUGCAGAAACUUGGAUAGCGUCAAGAAAUGAUCAUCGACUUUUAGUAGAAAGAGAAACAAGAACAAUGCCUGAUACACUGCCGAGAACAUUAAUCAAGCGACCAACUUUACCAGAACUGAACGAACAACUUGAUGGGAAACGGUUUAAACUGAAGAAAGCUGCUAAGUCAUCUAGCGCUUCUGUUACCGACGCUAAUACAGAGUCAAAAAGGGAACAAUCGACCAGCAUUCAAGACAACCCAUCAACGAAACUCGCUCAGACACAAGAAACUGCUGCUGCUUCCAAUAUUAACUCGAGAACUGAACAAAGAACUCAAACUCAGCGUACCGAGCAAAACGAAGAAGCUCUA